AUGCCGGAUCCACCUGACUUGACACCUGCACCCUUACCGCCCGAGUCUCUCCAUUCCGCUCCUCCUUCGCGAGACUCGAGCGAUACCCAUUCCUCCAAACCGACAGACCUCAAACUGUCCACCAGCGUGAAGAAUCCGUCUGCGGACCAUGACGAAGUAUCGCCCACUACUUCUGCCAUAUCGAGCCAUGGGGGAUCACAAGCCACAGAAACUCUUUCACAGCAGGAGGAGCGGCUGAACGGGGAGACUGCUCAGGUCGAGGGAGGCAAACGCGAAAAGACCGACUCCACCUCUCAAAGUCCUCCACCAAAUACAUCCUCGGGUAUUAAACGUACCGCGAGUGGUGAAGUCAAGAGAGCCAGUGUGGACGCGGUGGAAGACGGUAUCCCCAGACCUAACGGUAUCGGUCAUGCUCAUACAUCGAGCACUGUCUCGAACCAGACAAAGGGCAAUGUCCUCGAACUCUCACAGCAGUUGCGCACCAAACUGAAAUAUGCCAUGGUCAAAGUCCAGAACGGUUGGCAGGCUCGCUCCUUGGACGAGGUCGAGUCCUUAGCAUCCCAAUCACCACGGUCGACCGUGUCCGGAUUCCAAAAUCUCCAUGACCAGCAGUUGCUUUCGCCCAGGACCGCCAUGUCUAGAAAGUACCAGCGCGAGUCAAGCGAGAGUGAAUCGUCCGAUAGCACUGUCGCUCUCGAAAGCCGCGGGCUUGUGAAUAUGGUUGGCAGUCCUCCAGUUCCAUCCCGUCGCGCUCUCGCUCCUCCGGCCGAUAUUGUUCCUGGUUCACGCCGGCGUCCGACUCCAAACGCUGUCUUUCAGAGCGUCAACGGGAUCCACGCCCAGACUCGGAACCUACAUUCGUCGAGGCCGCAUACGAAUCAACGGACUCCGAGUCAGAAUGCUGCGAUGGAAGCAGAUGCUGUUGAAACCCUUCUUUUCAUGGCCAGCCCGAACAACUCAGGAUACAACCCACCCUCCCACGCUUCACAAGAUUCUUCCCUCCGGUCCGCACAGGUGUUCUCAUCACAGACCUCACCCCUGCGAACUCAGUUCAGCCAGACAUCGGUCACGUCACCGAAGAAAGUGGUGUUUUCCGAUGCCGGCUCCACGGAGCCUGCCUUUGACAAGGCAGCCCUCAUUGACCGCAUGCUGGACGAGUUAUCCGACGACAGCGACGAUGAGUUGGAGCAAGCCUUUCGACUUGCGGAGAAGAGCAAGAUCUCGGCGCCACUCUCUACGUGA